UAUAUGUAUUCCGCCGACUGCCGUAGAACGACAUGCCGUGUUCCGGUUUGUGGUGACCGAAGCUAAAAGCAAAAUGUUGCUGUCAUGGGCUUGGUUUUUGACGUUAUCAUUAGGUUUUGUGGGACAACAUGUCACGUUUGCAUUGCAGGACGUUACUGGUGACUUAUUUGGCCAGGAGAAUUCUGGUACGGUAGCGGCGUUCGGUGACUUUAACUCUGAUAAACAGACUGACAUUUUCAUCAUCAGGAAGCAUUCUGAGUUGGUGAUUUUCUUGGCUGAUCUUAAAGCUCCUUAUUUCAAACCUAAAGUCCAUCUGACUAAAGAGGCUUUCCCAAGUGACUUCAACAUAACUGGUGUGGUCCCGGGUGAUUAUGAUGGAGACUCUCAGAUGGAUGUGCUCAUUACUGGCUACCAGAAGGAACUCCCCGGAGAAAAAGUCUUCAUCUUCUGGGGGCGUAACCAAACUUUGGACCAGAGUGGUAAGGUAGGGCUGAACAGGACCUUUGAUGAUCAGCCCCUUGUCAUGGACUUUAAUGGGGACAUGAUUCCAGACAUUUUUGGAUAUGUGGCUGGUUCAUCAGUGGUUUGCUAUCUCAGGAGUAGGCAACUGAAAUGUGAACAGGCUCUCAACUUGGAAGUCAAAAUGCGCGUCCCUCAUUCCAAUGCUUUCAUCGACCUUAACAAGGACUUCACUGCUGAUUUGUUCCUCACCACCAAAGAUGGAUUUCAGACCUGGAUCAAUAAGGAUGGGAACUUCACCCAAACCCUGUCUAGAAAGGCACCGGAGAAUUAUAAUGAAGUGGGUCAAUCUGCAUUUGUAGACUUCGACGGUGACGGCUCCCAGGACCACCUGUUGCCGGUCUGCAUGGAUUCUGGAUGUGAAAGAAGUGCAAUUUUCCUGGACAAGCCUGGAGGGACAGAGUGGGUGCCGGUGCUGACAGACUUCAGGAGGAAGGAUUCUGUGUGGGGAUUUGUGUCUUCUUCAGAUGUUCCCAUCACCCUGCACUUAGGAGACUACAACAUGGAUGGCUUUCCUGAUGCCCUGGUCAUUCUUCGUAACACCAGUUCUAGCAGCACGCAGCAGCAGGCGUUCCUGUUGGAGAAUGUGCCGUGUAAUAACGCGAGCUGUCGGCAGGCGGGCCGCAUGUUUCGUGUGCACUGGGAACAGUCAGAUCUCAGUGCCAUCCCCAAGGCAGUUGUGGCCACUUUCUUUGACAUCUAUGAGGACGGUAUAUUAGAUAUGAUCGUGCUCAGCAAGGUGGAAGGAAAGGACGAGCUCGUCAUCCACGCUUUGAAGAACAACUUUGAGGCCGAUGCGUAUUUCGUCAAAGUGAUAGUGCUCAGUGGCCUGUGCUCCAAUGACUGUCCAGAAAAUGUCAAGCCCUUUGGUGUGAACCAGCCUGGCCCGUAUGUCAUGUACACGUCAGUGGACUCGAACGGUUAUCUGAAGAACUCGUCUGCGGGGCAGCUCAGCCAGUCGGCUCAUCUCGCGCUCCAGCUGCCCUACACCGUGCUCGGUCUGGGGCGCAGCGCCAACUUCCUGGAUCACCUGUUUGUGGGCAUCCCCCGGCCCCCUGGAGGGAAGGACGUGAGGAAACAGGAAUGGACCGCUAUCAUUCCUAACUCCCAGCUCAUCGUUAUACCAUACCCACAGAAUGACCCUCACAGCUGGAGUGCAAGACUCUACCUAACCCCCAGUAAUAUAGUCUUAUUGACAGCGAUAGCACUGAUUGGCGUGUGCGUCUUUAUCCUCGUCAUCAUCGGGAUACUGCACUGGCAGGAGAAGAAAGCAGAUGACCGGGAGAAGAGACAGGAGGCCCAUCGCUUCCAUUUUGAUGCUAUGUGAGAAACCGGAGAGAGCAUUGUGGGUAAACGCUGAGAAGAUUGGGUCUUUCAUUUCAGUGGUUUAUUUAUUCUCACUUUUUUUCCCACACUGGAGCAUUUUUAUGCAUUUAAUAAUGUCUGAGAUCAGAGGAAUCCAUCUAAAUAUGACUAUUUUGAACAGUGGUGUCUCUGUGGAUCUGUUGACUUCUGAAGAGAAGAGGUGUGUUUCUGUCAAGUUUGUUUACAUGAUCCUAAACGCAUAAUGAUGUUUGCACAUUGAGAAGGGAGAAGAGUAUUUCGUGCCAUUUUUGUACUUUGGUUUGGGAUAAACAUGUUAUUUUAAAACUUUCUUUUUCUGUAUUGUUAAAGUGACUGGUAAAUGUCAAGUGGGCAGAAACAGAACCGGUAAUUUUCUCUUGUUUUGUUUCAAGUUUUCUGUUGUGUGUUUUGAAGGACUUAAUGAAUUGUCAGCCUCUGUGUCUAUGAAUGUGACUGGGUGACAGUUCUUUCACAUCACUGAACCUCUUUACUAAAUAAACGCUUUGAAUCUAAGCGCUACAUGAGGCCUCCUGUAAACAAAGGUGUCCUCUGCAAACUGAUUUUAAUAGGCAUUUAGCUGUGUGGAGUCAUUAGAAAUGGCAUCAUUGUUUCACAAUAAAGUAUUGCAUUAACUCUCAACACUCUGUGCAAACCACAUCCAAAUAAUAUUCUCCUGAGUUCAGUGUUUCGAUUCAUUAACUUGACACUGGAUAUCAACGUUAUAUAGGAAGGCAAGUCCCCAAUCUUAACUGCCCAUUGUCAACAUAAAGCAGGUUGUUGUUUCUGCAUGUACUCUCUUCUGUUUGCUUUCUAGUAAUUCCCUUUGUGUCUGUCUGUGUUUCCGAUUGUAAGGCACUGUUAUGAAUACUUCAACUCUGGGUUGUUUUUCCUUUGUCACUUAUGCCUUUAGGUACUUUUCCUUGAUUUCUAAGUGGUAUUAUUUAUUUAUUUUACUUGUUUUUAAAACACUGGAAAUUAAUAACGUGCUGCUGAAGAAUUUUCAGUGUGAAGGGUUUUGUUCUUAGCUGUAUAUAUCUGUCAGGUGAUCUGAUCCAUGCAUUGAUUUAUAUGCUAAUCUCUUUUACCUUUAAAAAAUGUGUUGUUAUGGUGCACCAUAUGCACAUUAAUUACGUGAUUUCACUAUCAAAGGCAAAAUGAAUUGACAAACCACAAUAAUACAGCUGCAUACUAGACCUGCAUGUUAACUGGCAUGUAAUUAUUGCAGAUGGUUUUCACUAAUUGUUUCUGGUCAGGUGCAUAUUGGUUCUAACAGGUUGUGCAUCUGUGCUCUGUUUUAAUUAUUAAUGAAUCACUCUCAAAAUGUUUUGGUUGCGUUUAAAUGCUGUUUGUCAGUAGAUGUAUUUUGGAAUGUUGUAUUGAAAAUAAACAUGACCAAAUGCUUUAUUA